GAGCCGGGGCGGGGGCGGGGGCGGAGGGCGGAGGGUAGAAAUAGGGCCGGGCGGGCCGCGCCAGUCCGGGAGUCGCGCAGAGCCGACCUGAGCCACGCCGAGGGCGCCGAGCUCGGCGACCGACCCCCGGAGCACCCAUGCUGCUGACGCUGGCCUCGGGCUCGCUCUUCUUCCCGGGGCUCUUCGCACUCUGCACCUGGGGGCUGCGGCGCGCGCGGCCCGCCUGGAGCGACUCCGACUGCGUGAUGAUCAGCACCAGGCUGGUUUCUUCAGUGCAGGCUGUGUUGGCCACCGGGUCAGGGAUCGUCAUCAUCCGUUCCUGUAGCGACGUGAUCACGGACAGGCACUGGCUUGCCCGAGAGUAUGUCUGGUUCUUGAUUCCGUACAUGGUCUAUGACUCCUACGCUAUGUACCUCUGUGAGUGGUACCGAACCAGAGACCAGAACCGCGGACACUCCCUCGCCACCUUCCGAAACUUCCUGUGUAAAAACCGCCUCAUGAUCACACACCACGCAGUCAUUCUGUUUGUCCUUGUGCCAGUUGCCCAGAGGCUCAGGGGAGACCUGGGGGACUUCUUUGUCGGCUGCAUCUUUAUGGCAGAACUGAGCACUCCGUUUGUGUCGCUGGGCCGAGUCCUGAUUCAGCUGAAGCAGCAGCACACCCUUCUGUACAAAGUGAACGGAAUCCUCACGCUGACCACCUUCCUUUCCUGUCGGAUCCUCCUUUUCCCUUUCAUGUACUGGUCCUAUGGCCAACAGCAGGGACUAAGCCUACUCCAGGUGCCAUCCCGUAUCCCCUUCUACUGCAAUGUGGCCAAUGCCUUCCUCAUCGCUCCCCAGAUCUACUGGUUCUCUCUGCUGUGCAAGAAGGCAACCCGGCUCUUUGACAGCCUCCCAGCCAAAAAGGAUGGCUAAGUGCUCCUGGGGAUCAGGCAGUGAGGGUGCUGCCUCAUGCUCACUGCCACCUCCACGCAGUAUUCCCACGGACCAGACUGUGCCCUGGCUGGCCUCAGGCUUUUGGGUAUUGAUGAGCAGCUGGGUUUGAGUUUUUCUAAAGGAUAGUCAUCUGAUCUCCCUCUUCUAACCUGCCCCUUUGGCCAAAGCACUUUUUUCUAAGUAACAGUGAUUGGAUCCUGUCAGACCUCCACUGGCAGCAAGGCGGUUUUAAUGAAAAGCCCAAGGAUCCCUCUUUGGGUCUUACCUCAAGGGUUCUGGGAGGUAGAAGCAUGGGGUGUGGAGACAGGUAGACCAGGGUGCUAAGUGUCCGGGCACCUGCCUGGCCUGAAUAUUGGCGGCUACCCACCUUUCCUACCACUCAGGGCAGCAUCUAUACUCACUGGGCCAGCAGUAGCAAGUGACGAACUCGGUUCUUGAAAUACGUUCUUGUGAUGUUGGCCUGGGAAAAUCAUUGUGGGUAGGUACUUUUCUACUGUUUACUAGGUAACUCAUCCUGUCAUCCACGUGCCAAUGUUGAAUUCCCAUGUUCACUGACUUCCAUUCAGAAGUCUCCCUGGAAGGGGAGCAAGAAGCAGGGAAGGGAACAC